AUGCUUCUUCUACCUUCAACUGUGUACGGUUUCAAUCUGCAAGAGAAGAAAUGGGUGGACCUAGACGUGGAUAAGUUUCACCCGAUCACAUGGAACAAGGACGCCUUCAAGCGUCUUGUGCUUGAGGAAAAGACGAAAGAGAUGGUAUAUGCUCUAGUAGACAUCCAAACGGCAACCAAAAAGAUGGAUGACAUCAUUACCGGCAAGGGCAACGGCUUAAUAGUACUUCUCCAUGGCAGCCCAGGCACAGGGAAAACUUUGACAGCUGAGAGUGUCGCCGAAAUUGCAGAGAAGCCUCUGUACCGUGUUACCUGUGGAGACAUCGGUACUCAAGCUCAAGAUGUUGAGAAGUAUCUCGCUACGGUUUUAUACCUGGGAAAGCUAUGGGACUGCGUUCUCCUUCUUGACGAAGCCGAUGUUUUCUUGGAAGAAAGAACCUUUGCCGACUUGCAAAGAAACAGCUUGGUCUCAGUCUUUCUACGAAUAUUGGAGUACUACGAAGGUAUCCUCAUCCUCACGUCUAACCGCGUCAGCCACUUCGACGAGGCCUUCAAGUCGCGUAUCCAGGUGGCAAUCCAUUACGACAAUCUCUCCAAGAGAUCACGCAAAGCCAUCUGGCAAAACUUCCUGGACAUGAUUGAGGAAUCUACUGAUGAAGAUGCGAACAUCGCCGAGCUUGAAGAACAUUUGGAUCAGCUAGCCUCAGAAGAGAUGAGCGGCAGGCAGAUUCGCAAUGCUUUACUUACGGCAAGGCAAUUGGCCAAGCACCGGAAAGAACGACUUCAAUGGGUGCACUUGGAUCAAGUGAUGAAGACCUCGGCAGCUUUCAACAAGUAUCUGAAGACGGUUCGUGGACAGAGCGACGACAAGAUAGCACGGGAGGAGGGGCGGCGAUGA